CGGGCUCCAGGCACACGGGGCACCAUGGCCACGGCCAACGACAGGGCUGUCCUGCAGACCAUCUUCAACCCCAGCACCCCCUUCGGGGACAUCCCGGGGCUGGACGAGGAGGAGGAGGAGGAUGCCCAGGAGGAAGGGGACGGCUUUGCACCAGAGCUGCUGGAGCAGGCACGGGACCUGGAGCUGCAGGGGGUCUCAGCUGCCGAGUCGGGGGAUGUGAGCGCAGCGCUGGAGCGCUUCGGGGAGGCCAUUCGCCUGCUGCCCCAGCGCGCCUCCGCCUACAACAACCGCGCCCAGGCCCUGCGCCUGCGGGGGGACGUGGCAGGCGCCCUGCGGGACCUGGACACUGCCAUCGCACUGAGCCGGGGCCGUGGCCGUGCCGCCUGCCAGAGCUUCGUGCAGCGGGGCCUGAUCCACCGGCUGCAGGCGCGGGAGGAGGAGGCGCGGCAGGACUUCGAGCGGGCAGCGCGGUUGGGCAGCAGCUUCGCCCGGCGGCAGCUGGUGCUGCUCAACCCCUACUCAGCCCUUUGCAACCAGAUGCUCUGCCAGAUGCUGGGGCAGCUGCGCAACCCCGGCAGCGAGUGAGGGGCAGGGGACAGGCAGGGCCCGGGUGGGAGCAGGAUCUUGUCCCUCCUCCUGGGGGAUGAUGGGAGACAGGAAGCACCGAAGGGCUUUGUCUGGGCUCCGCUCCCCCACAAUAAACCUUCCCGUGUCCCCAGCACUUGGGCUCUGUGUGCGGUGUGAGGUGAUGCCUGCACGGGGCUGGGCAGGGCGCUGAGCCCCCCCGACUGAAGAGGGGAGGUGAUGGGGGGCACAGGGAGGGUCAUUCCUCCCCAGCUGGGUGGUCUCUGGCUGCUCUCCCAUGCACUCAUCCGGGCCUGACCCCGCUGUCACCACGGGGGCUGCGGGGCCCGGCGGGAGGGAUGGUGGCGGCGGUGCCGGGACCGCCCCUGCGCUGCAUGCAGGGCCGCAGUGUGGGCUGGGCUGGCGGCAGCAACGGCCACGCUCCAGGGCUGGGGGAGCCGGGCCCCACCGCCAAUGGGCAGCCACCGGCCGCGUGGGCGCUGCAGGAGGAGAAGAGCCGAGCCAUCACCAGCCAGGCCCCCCAGCCGGCCCCCAGCACUGCGCUGACGCAGUACCUCGACCGCCACAAGCUGGAGGGGAACAGCUCAGCUGCCGGCAUCCUCAGCCUCGCUGCCCGGCGCAGUCACUGCCCGCUCGGCUCCCCCGACCCUCCGGGGACACCUGCACCGCCUGCCGCCUCCUCCACGCGCAGCGUAAGGCCUGUGGUGCUGGGGAGGGCGUGUGGGGCUGUGGUCUGUGUCCAUCGGGGCUAUGGCGGGGCAGAGUCUCACCCGUCCUGGGUGACCGCGGCUGAGGAGCGCUUGGGGCCCUGGGGGAGGCGAAUCCUGCCCCUGUGGGCACUGCCUCUGCCCCCCUGCCCUCUCACUGCCUGUUCACCACAGAGAAGCCGGGGCCCCCACGGGCAGAUGCCUGUUACCAGCAGGUGGAGGCCGCGGGGCUCCUCCUGCUGCUCCCUGUGCUGCUACGAGUCAACCCACCAGCCAGCAUUGCCUGAGUGGCCCAGGACGGGCAAGUGAUGGCCAACGCCUCUGAGAUCCUGCUCCUGGGCGCCGCACGCUACCCGGGGCUGGCCAACUUCUCCAUCAGUGCCGCCAACAGCGUGGGCGUCACCACGGCCUCCCUCCUGCCCCCAGGUCUGCUGGACGCCCGCGUGGAGCUGCCCCUGCUCGGCGUGGCUGUGGGAGCGGCACUGGCCCUGGGCGCCCUGCUGGGGCUGGGCUCCUGCCUGGUCUGCCUGCUGUGCCGCCGUGGCAAACCAGCACCAGGAGGCAGCCCCCUCAUCCCGUGCCCCCGCUGCAGCGGCCCCCAGCUCCCCCAGCGUCUGCCCCACCAGAGCCGGUCCCUGCCCCCCGAUCUGCGCCUCGACGACCUGGUGCGGGAGGAUGGAGCUGCCCCCAAGGACCCAGGAGCUGGAGCCCAGGGAGAGGAGAACCCCCUGCCGGGGCCACAGAACACCCUGGUUGUCAGCAGGCUCGGUUUUAUCCAGCUCCCGAUGUCCGGGCGCAUCUACAAAGUGCCGAGUGUGAGCAGCGACGAGAUCUGGCUGUGAGCGGUGCCAGUGCCCUGCACCGACCGAUUCCUGGGACAGAGGAGCAGCUGCCACACAAAACGCCCCCUAAACCAGGCAUUGGUAACCUCAAGGAAGCAGAGCUUCACCCGAAGGAAGCGGAUCCACAGACUCGCCUGAAGCAAGGCUGAGAUCCACUGCAGCUUAAAGGAAAAGAGGAAGCACCUCCUCCCUCCCCAUCACUCACCGUGACGUUGUGCUGCUUGGAGUUCUCCGUCAGCCAGAGGGAGAGCACGGUGGGAUCCGAUUGCUUGGUCGAGGGCUCGUCCAGGACCAGCAGCCCCAGGUUAUCGGGCUUCCCAUCGGGCCGGGGCACCUGCGGAUCAACACAGACCCUCCUUCCUGCAGGAGCCCACCGCGGGGGCAGUGGGGGCUACUUUGUACAGAGCGGUUUAGAAGUUGGCCCCUAAAAGGCAGGGUCUCUCUGGAACAUGAGCUGUCAGUGCAGCACGGCCCGAGGAGCACAAGCUGUUGGACAAGGGGAACUGCAGCCCUCACCCCAAAUACUGUAUGAGCUGUUUGGGAGGUGACCGAACCCGGGGCGUUUCUCUAGAACAUUCUCUCCGACAGAGCAGGGUGAGGGUUCCCCUCGUGCACCAACACCCCGGGUCCUGCGGGAGCAGGUCCAGAGGGGCCUGAAACAACCCUACCUUUAGGAACGCGUCAAUGUCCCCAACAGCAGGAAUAAAGUCGGGAAUAAAAGGCUGCAGU